CGCAGAGAGGGCGCUCCAUAAAGCGCCUAUGAGGAGACGAUAGACCCGCGCGCCGAACGCCGUCGCGGCGAGCCGCGGGGACCACAUCCCACCGUGGACGCGGCUGCCGCGCGAACAAGGGACCGCGAGCAGAGCACUUGCCAGCACCAAGGACAGGUCGACGAUGGGGGCAGCCGACGACGCCACGCGCCCGGCAGCUCAUGAUGAUGCGGCCAUGGUGAGCCCCGUCGUCCUGGCCCAGAGGAAGCGCCGGGCCGAGGCCCAAAAGCCUCCGGCCGUGACGCCGCGCGACGGCGCCAUGACCUGGGAGAAGCGCAACAACAGCCUCGAGGAUCUACGGAAGCAGCUGCGCCAGCGGCCAGCGCGCAUCCGCGACGCCCCCACAACGCCACCGGAGGAGUCCCGCACCGUCCGGAGAGCCUUGGCGGCGCAACGAGCUUUGGCCGUGGAUUCUUUAGCGGCCGAGUGCGCAGCUAGACUAGCCCUGGCGACGAAUGAGGACUACUCCGAGAAUCCACUGAACAAGUACGCUCACCUCGAAGAAUCCCUGGCGAACCUGAAACGCGCGCUGCAGGACGCCGCGAAGGCCGUCGAAGCGGAAGAGGCCGCCAUCGAGGGCGAAGCGCGGACCCUGCACGAGGUCGAGGCGGACAUGCGCGCCUGCACGCAGCGCUUAUUGGCCGGUGAUACUACUGUAGCAUCAAAACUCGAAGCGCUCGACUUGGAAUUGGACUCCCACGCCUCGAAGCAAGUAAGAGAAGAAGAGCGCAACGAGUUGUGGGAUUUGCGGGAGGCCCCGGCGAACGCGCUGGCGCUCGCGCGGACUAGAAGGUUGGUGCCGCGGGACGUUUCCAACAGUUCGAUCAAGGUGUUGCGACGGCUCUACGCCUCGGCCCUGCCCGACAACCUCGACGCUUCGAGAAAACUCGCGCGGCGCGUCUUCCACACGCCGGCCUUGUGGCUGGUUCACGCUUCCGCGAAAGAUUUAAGCGGUAUGCACGAGGCCGACCUCACGCGCAAGUACGACUGCACGCAGCUGGACGUUGUGGAAUUGCGUGCAGUCUACGGCGCCGUGAAAUCUAUACGAUGGCGCGACGUGAAAGGCCACGCGGACGGCCGCGCGGCGUGGCGGAAGGCGGCUAGGGAUCGAUUGGUGGCGUUGGUGGACCGGGAGCGGCGGGGGGCGCUGCGUCCCCAUGAAACGCGGCGCCCGGAGUACGCGUGCUUCGACGCGACGCGCGUCGACCUGGACGCGGUCGUGGUAGUGGAUGUCGCGGACCUGGACGUCAUGGAGACGGACUCGGCGUCCUUCGACGGGUUGAGCGGGCAUUCGCUAGGAGCAUAACUUACGCGU